UGUCUGGGGACAUAUAAGUUGAAUUUGUAUGGACUUGUAGACACACACUUUUUUCGAAGGUGACGAGGAGGGGAGAUGAUGGUGAACAACAGCAACAUCAAGACAUUGUCGACAUCUCCAAUGCCCCAUCACCAUAAUCAUCACUUUGAACGAAGCCGAAGCCGACUUCGUCCAUGGCGUCGCAGCCGCAUUGGCACUGCGGCGGUGGCCGUAGCGGCACUUCUCCUCUCCACCACUGCCUGGCUCUCUCUCGUUUUCUCCGGCACCACCACCGACUGCUGGCACCGCUUCAAGAAUUGGGAAGCCAGCCCCCAUUCUUCUCUCCGCUGGGCCUGGAAAAACCAAUCUUUUGUGUCAUCACCACCACCACCACCACCGCCGCCACCCACUCAGUCUCGCAAUCGCAGCCUUUCCGAAACGGAAAAGCAGGACGAAGAAGAGGAGUUGUCACUGAAACACAUCGUAUUCGGCAUUGCCGGGUCCUCGCAACUCUGGACUCGUCGCAGGGAAUUCGUGAAGCUCUGGUGGCGGCCAGCCGAGAUGCGAGGACACGUGUGGUUAGAAGAAGAGGCAGAAGCAGCAGCAGAUAAUGGAUCGUUGUUGUUGCUGCCGCCGGUGAUGGUUUCAGAGGACAUAUCCCGGUUCCGCUACACGAAUCCGACGGGCCACCCAUCUGGGCUCCGCAUCUCCCGCAUAAUCACAGAGUGUUUUCGACUGGGUUUGCCCAAUGCUCGCUGGUAUGUGCUUGGUGACGAUGACACCAUCUUCAAUGUCGAUAACUUGGUAGCUCUUCUUCACAAGUAUGAUCCUUCUCAAAUGGUCUACAUUGGUAGCCCAUCUGAGAGCCAUUCUGCCAACACCUAUUUCAGUCACUCCAUGGCCUUUGGUGGUGGCGGCAUUGCCAUUAGCCACCCACUUGCACAGGCGCUCUCUUCCAUUCUCGAUGACUGCCUUGAUAGAUAUCCAAAGCUCUAUGGCAGUGAUGAUCGCCUCCAUGCUUGUAUUUCUGAACUCGGAGUUCCUCUCACCAGAGAACCCGGCUUCCACCAGUGGGAUAUCAGGGGUAGUGCACAUGGUAUUCUAUCCUCACACCCAGUUGCCCCAUUUGUGUCUAUCCACCAUGUUGAAGCUGUUGACCCUAUCUAUCCCGGGUUGAGCUCUCUAGACAGCUUGAAACUCUUCACUAAGGCCAUGAGACUCGACCCUGCUAGCUUCUUGCAGCGAUCAAUUUGUUAUGAUAGACCACGGCGUCUCACUUUUUCUGUCUCGUUGGGUUAUGUUGUUCAAGUGUUCCCAAACAUUGUGCUCCCCCGUGAGCUGGAACGCUCGGAGGUCACCUAUACUGCUUGGAACAAAGUUCGUCAGAGGAAUGAGUUUGAUUUUGACACCAGGGAUCCAUACUCUUCUCUCUGUAAAAAGCCUACCCUUUUUUUCUUGAAACAUGUAUCAAAGCAAGGUAAUGCUACAUUGGGUUUGUAUGCGCGGGCCACACCAAGAGAUGAUUUCAAAAGAAGAGUUCUCUGCUUUCCUCGUUCACCUCCCCUGCGCGGUUUGAAAUAUAUUCAGGUCAUGGGAAAUCCACUGAACAAGAAUUGGCAUUUGGCACCACGUCGCCUAUGUUGCAAACUUAACCAAACCACUGAAGAAGGUCUUAUAUUAACAGUUGGACAGUGUGAGAAGGCAGCUUUCAGUUCUAUAACUGAUUUUCUGUGACUUUUGUUUGGGAUAGUGGUGCAUCGGUGUAUUACUCCUCAAUUAAUCUGAAUAUAUGAAUACUGCCUAAAAUGCAAGUGUCUCCACUAGCAUGCGCUUUAUCUUGUUCAGGCACAUUAACUCUACCUCUGUCUUUCAACAAUCAUUGAUAACUGAGAUAUGGACAAUUGAUAGUCCAUGCUUACAGAUUGUAGAUAUGAGGGCAUUUUAUUUUAUACAAGCAAGUUAAAUUGAAGAUGAGGCUGCAAUCCUUCGGCUUGGUAUUUACACUCUCUGCCUUCAAUUUUUCUUCAGAAGCCUGGGUUCACACUUAUCUACUGAAAGAAAGAAAGAAGCUUAUGGACUAUGAAGAGUCCUAGCAACUGCUCUUGGAUUUGGAGGAAACUUUUGAAACUAAGAAUUACGCAAUAUCUGUUUAGAUUGUGAUGUACACAGAGGUGUUACUAAAAGUUUUGUGCGACUGAGCUAUGGUGAUCAUCAAUGAUGCAUGAGAAUGAUUUAUUUGAUGACUGCUAUAAUCUACUACAUCAUUCUUUAUUAUUUUUUUUGUUUUUUGGAUUUCGACUUUGGAUAAUGACCAAGGUUGUAUCAAGUAUUUGAUAAUGAAUAAGAAGCCUCAACUGUUUAACUUGUUAUAUCUAAAUAAAAAUGUUCUUAAUUUAACAAGCCCUUAAAUUCAAUUCAUUUUCUUUUAGCAAGCACGAUUUUUGUGCCCUUCACCUCUGUGUAAGGUCAGAUCCCACUAAAUAAAACUUGAGCCACAUUCUCUUGUUUGUACCAGUGGAGUGUGGACUCAUAAGUUCUGGUGUCAUUAUUUUAAAUCAAAUUUCUCUUCCCUGCUACUGUGUAUGUUUACCUAGGAAGCAUGGACACUUUAUUUAGGGUGUCGUACCCAUGUCGUAUCUGUGUCGUACCCAUGUCAUACCAAUGUCAUAUUGGCCGUUUCAUAUUAUAAUUUUUCAAAAAUUUCUUGUGUCAUUGUGUCGUACCCAUUUCUGUAUCCGUGCUUUCUAGAUGAUUAUUGAUAGCCAUUGUACAUAAUGACAACCAUCUUAGAGAGCUUUCCUCAUUCUUUCCUGUUGUGCAUUCAUUUCUACUGUAAUUUCUGUAACAGGAUCUAAUUACUUAUGUGAUACAUAAUUUUCAACAAAGUUGAAAUUUUGGCUAAUGCCCUGCCUUCUGA